ACGGCCAGAAAUAUUAAAAGGGGUUUUUUAACGGUCCUUGCUGAUAACGGUCUUUUAUGUCGACCAGUCUCGGUCGAAAACUUUGGAACGAUCACAUCAAAAUGGACCUAGCCAUUAUCAUUUUAUCUACACUUUAUGGGAUCCAAGUGAAUCUUGUAUCUACCGAGGUAAUAACAUCCAAUGAAAGAAUUAAAGUCGAGGGAUAUAUUUAUCAUCCCCAAUAUUAUUAUUCUUACGAAAUUUUACCUCUACCUCCUUAUAUCGAACAACAAUUGUACAUUCAAGAACAAGAUUAUCUUAUUGGACAUUAUAAUUUAAAAAGCGGUGAUGGGAAAGAAACUGUAAUCGAUUACGCUGGAGAACCAGUUCAUGGAUUUCAUGCUGUGGUUAGUGGUUCAGAAGUUCAUGCAGCUUUAGCUGCGGUUUUAGCAAAAACGUUAAAAUUCGGCGGAGCGGAUGCUAAUACUAAUGAACAAAACAUCACACUUCCUAAUUACCAAGUUCCGGUAAUAAAUACUAAUGACAUGGAAUUGGUAGGGAUUCAAGGAAAAAAGAAGAAAUUUUGGGUCCCACAUAAACAGCAUGCUAUUGUAGACGGUCUUAAUCCGUCAGAUAUACGCAAACAAUUAAAACGCAAAGGUUUACUUAACACUAAAUAUUAAUAAAAAAUAAAUCUGAUUCGAUAAUUAUGGGUCGUAAUUUUAAAUGUUACACGGACCUGAAAGUAGUCAAUUAAUGUGGCCUCCACAUAUUUCUUUCUCAAUGUAUUUCGUCUCGACUUGAACAAAGAUAAUUGUAACAACUUUUCGAACACGUUUAAAACCUUGUAAAAAUAUUAUUUUA